GUUGUGAAAAAUUCUCCAUCGAGCUUACAUUUCGGGUUUUCCCUAGUGCGUUUUCUCAGUUUCUCCAGUCGCGCUCUCGCAAUCUAGUUAGUUUGUUGGUGAUAGCUUCGAGGAAGUGAUUUACAGAUUUGACACAAAACCAAUUCCCUCCAAAGCUACGCAGCCCGGGACCAAUAGCGACAGAGCAGGGAUCACGUGGCCGACCCGAGGUUAUAAAAACGCUCGUCUCCUUCUACCUAGUUCUCUUUUCCACAGUAACUAAAGACGUACAAGUUUAGUGUUAGUGCUUUCAAACAAGGUUCAGAAUGCCAGAAACAACACUGACCAACGGCUACACGAACGGUCACAUCGGAUACGAAAUGGAGGAAGACUCCGAGUUCCUUUUCACGUCGGAAUCCGUAGGAGAGGGACACCCAGACAAAAUGUGCGACCAAAUCAGUGACGCCAUAUUAGAUGCUCAUUUAGAACAGGAUCCCAACGCCAAAGUGGCUUGCGAAACUGUAACAAAAACGGGAAUGAUUUUACUGUGCGGAGAAAUCACAUCAAAGGCAGUUGUAGACUACCAGAAAGUUGUCAGAGAAACAGUUAAACAUAUUGGUUACGAUGAUUCUUCUAAAGGAUUCGACUGGCGCACAUUCAACCUUCUGGUGGCCCUCGAACAACAGAGUCCGAAUAUCGCCAACGGUGUACACGAAAAUAGAGAAGAACCAGAUAUAGGGGCAGGGGAUCAGGGUUUGAUGUUUGGCUACGCGACAGACGAGACGGAUGAAUGUAUGCCCCUGACUGUAGUCUUAGCACACAGAUUAAACCAUAAGAUAGCCGAUCUCAGGAGGUCUGGCGAAUUUUGGUGGGCUCGUCCCGACUCAAAGACACAGGUUACAGCUGAAUAUACAUUUGACCACGGAGCUUGCAUUCCCCAAAGAGUACACACAGUAGUAGUGUCCUUGCAGCAUAGUGAAAAAAUUUCCUUGGACGAACUCCGGGAAGCCGUUAAAGAAAAAGUAAUUAAAGAAGUCAUUCCAGCAAGAUACUUAGAUGAGCAAACAGUAAUCCACAUCAAUCCGUGUGGGUUAUUUAUUAUUGGAGGACCACAGAGCGAUGCAGGUUUAACGGGCCGUAAGAUUAUAGUAGACACGUAUGGCGGGUGGGGAGCACACGGAGGUGGAGCAUUCUCUGGAAAAGAUUUCACGAAAGUAGACAGAUCCGCGGCGUACGCGGCCAGAUGGGUGGCCAAAUCGUUGGUUAAAGCUGGACUUUGCCGACGCUGCCUAGUCCAAGUGUCUUACGCCAUCGGUUUGGCUGAGCCCCUUUCCAUUACAGUAUUCGACUACGGCACCUCCAAACUGACACAGAAGCAACUUCUGGACGUGGUCAAAAACAAUUUCGACCUGAGACCGGGAAAAAUUGUAAAGGAACUGAACCUCAGACACCCCAUCUACCAGAAGACCAGCACCUACGGCCAUUUUGGACGCGAGGACUUCACCUGGGAGCAACCGAAGGUGCUACGCCUAAACUGACAGCCCCUCCUUUACCCCCUCACCGUCUCCUAAAUAACAUUCUUUCUCUGUUCUAGCUCUCCCUAUCGUUUCCUUCAUUAGUAUAGUAAGAUAAAAAUGAAAUCUCUCUGUGAUUGGCACUCUGAACCUUGGCGUACGGUGCCGGCUUUUCUCCAAGGGAAAAAACAAAACGCAUAAAGAGAUGCCCGCAAACGGGAAAGCCGGCAUUCAGAGUAACUGUGGAUGGGUUUGGCCGAGUCUCGGCAUAGCCACAGUGGCGGCCCUGAGUGGGGCGUCGCUGCAAUACAGUGUGAGUGGAAAAGUUCCAUUUCAAGUUAAAGUAUUUCACUCACACAUUUGUGUUGUGUUUACGAGAAAAUUACAAUUUGGAAAAGAGCAUUUCUGUAUACACUCCGGACUAUGCUGGGUACAAGGGCCUGGAUAUUGGCGGUAACUGGUGUAGUAUGGGGCUUCUCUGAGCGGGAAAAUUAGGUGCCGACUAUCUCUUGUACUGAUUGUGUUCAACUUUUUUUUUGACACCGUGCUAUGUUCGAUUGCAACGCACCCGAUUUUUGUUGUGUUAGAAAAGCCCCGCAACUACUUUUGAAGUUUGUUGACUGGGCAUUUGGAAAAAGCUGCCAUUGGUAAAUCAACUUGUAGUAGUUAAUUUUUUUAUUGUUUCAAUAAUUGGAUUUCUUUAGGAAGUAGAUAACAGUAGAAGUUAGGGAAAUUUGUAUAGAUUUUAAAUGUGACUAUUAAUUUAUUGAAAAAAAUUAAUUAUAUAAACCUAAGGUGUAACGUAGAGUAUAUUGUAUUGUAAAAUUGGUGUAAUUUUACUUUUUUUUUCGUAUUUAUCGUUUUAAUAAAUAAUUAUGUCUGAAGCACUCGGGACGAGUUCAACCAAAACGUAUGACGAAAUAUAACAAAGUGAGACUUUCAAAACAUUUUUUAAAGUUAUAUGUUCUGUGUCUACAUUUUCAAAGGAAAGAUGAAUCAAAAAAAUCAUCUUUUAUCUUUGAAAUUAAAGGUAAUACCUAAUGAUAAGUAAUUGACAACAGAAAUAUUUUCCAUUCUACUGGGAGAACCGUUGUGAGUACUUUACUAUCUAUUGAGCGAAAAAAAAAACAAGAACAUUCUUUUUGUCCAAUAAAAACAAACAAUAAAGUAGUCUUAAGGCCA